AAAACUCAAAGUUAAUUACAUUCAUACAAAAGCGCAUGCAUCGAAAAUAAUAUAUUCUUGCAUUCAGCUCAUAAAUGACGUAACGGAAUUGUUUAUUCAAUCAUAAUUCACUGAAUCACAUGGCAUGUAAUCUGAUUCCUAUAAAAUCAUCUGCGAAUGAUGAUUAUACUGAUAAUGAAGAACUCAAUUAUCAACAGAAAUAUUCGCGAACACCAAAACAAUUUGAUACAGAACGACGACAAGCAUUAUCGCGUUUGGAUCUAUCGAAAAAAGGUUCCAUCGAUGAGUCAAUUGAAUCGCUGGUAAUAAAUUUGAAUAAAUCCUCAAAUUUUUAUACAACUAGUUCAUGUUCAGGUCGAAUUAUUGUAGUAACGAAGCCUAGCGAUAAUAUUGAAUCUAUAAAUGAGAAAAAGAAGAAAGGUCUUCAAUGGCAAUUUGUAACACAUUCAUUAAUAAAUGAUGUUGAAGAAUUCGUUCAGAAAAUUGUCGAUCAUUCCCAAAAUAUGAGUUGUAAUGAAACUUCAACUUUGAAAUUUGAAUCAUUCAUUCUUCAUCUACGUUGUCGAACAUUGGAUGCAGCACGACAAUUAUUACAUUGUAGUAUUGAUUCUGGUCAACGUAAUUCAGGAUUAAUGAUCGCCAAUAGUGGCCAUCUAACCGUAGCUGUGCGUAAUACUCUGAACCUUGAAGUUCCAAUUAUAAUUGAUGGUAAAUUAAUGGUCACAUUGAACUAUCUUCGGAAAUUAGUUGACAUAGUCAAUGCCAAAAUGGUCUUGAAUUUUGAAAUGAUUCAAAGAUUUGAACGAAAUUGUGAAUUAAAAUCAAUUUUUUAUUAAAA